CAUAUAUAUAGCAAUUGUAAGUCACUUUGGAUAAAAGUGUCUGCUAAAUGAAUAAAAUGUAAUGUAAUGUAGCCUAAUGAUAACCCUGAAAAGGUAAAACUAUCCAGUAUUUUACAAGAAGUAAAGUCAGAAAAAUAAAUAUGAUUUUGUGUGAAAGAAAUACAUUUUUAUUUCCUUCUAUCCCAUUUAUCAUAUUGUAGGCUAACCCCCCAGACCCUAACCCCUUUCAUGAGUCCCUUCCACUGCAGGGCUACUGCUUUCCUGUCCACUGCCUACUUCAAGUUAUCAUUACAACUUUAAAUUUAAAAAAUGCAUUAUGUUUAUACCUCUAACUCUCUAAUUUAGGUUCACAUUUUAACGCUAUAGUUAUACCUAAGUAAGCACAUAACAGUGUCCUUUAUUGUCCAACUGACACAGCCCACUUUUCGUUCCAAACGCGGGGACGUUUAUUUUGAAAACCCAACACCGGAACCGCUAUCGUAAACCAUCCGGUUAUCUUGAUACCGAUCUCUGCUGGAGGAGCGGAGCGGCAGAGCGGAGGGGCCCUGUGGUCGUUUUCCAAUGCUGGGGAGCCGGGAAACAGGAACCGAGGGCGGCGGGGAGGCGGCUGCCGGACCGCCGGGGCCGCUGGGCCGGGCACACCGAGGGGAGGAGACGCCUCCCGGCCGACUUGGGUAUCGUCUCACCGGCCUGGUCAACUGGAAGCAGAGACCGUGCAGGACUUCAGCCCUGUUUGCUGCAGCCAACACGAUGAUCUGGUUUGUGGCCUUCAGCCCUCUCCGAGCCUACAGCCUCGUGGCCGCCCUGCUGGCUCUGCUGGUCGUCACGGUGACCACCAGAGACAUCGCUCGGUCCAGAUCCACAGGAGCUCACUUAUGGCACAGCAUGACUGCAAGCUGGGAGAUCAUUGACCCGGGCCAGGACAGCCGGUCUGGGACUGGACCUCAGCUCAGCGACUCCCUCAAACUCUUCCUCCAGGAGACAUCGGCUUUCAAACAGCAAAACCCAGGCAAGUUUUGCCUGCUGGUUUGCAGUUUUUGCACCUUCUUUGCUGUUUUAGGACGCUACAUUCCAGGGAUUGUUAUCUCAUAUAUUUUAGUGCUCGGUUUUUUCCUGUGGCCUCUGAUUUCAUCUCAUGAGGUUGGUUUGUGGCUAGAGCCAGUUCUGCAGAAGCUGGACUUUGGCAUCGGGGAGUUCCUUCAGAAAAUCAAAGAAAACCAUGAGAGGAGAAUCAUGCAGGCUCAGACUGAGAAAGAGGGCAUCGAGUCAGACCUCUCUUCCAUGUUUCCCAAGCUCGACUCCACAGUGUGUAAGGAAAUGUCUGUAUCGGACACAGAGGUGUCUGAUGUGACGUGGACCGACAACGGUACUUUCAACCUGUCAGAGGGACACACACCACAGACUGAGAACUCAGAGGACCUCGACAGAGAAGAAGCGUUCACUGGGGGCCUUCCAGAUUUCCCCUCGCUUGACAACGGCGCAACAACCAAUGGCGACGACGACGACGAUGACCUCAGCCUCGGCCUUCCCUCGCCUCCACCUCAGCCCCAGCAGCCAUUCAAAUCCAAGCAUACAACGUUUCCUCACAAAGACCAAGCCACCGACAAAGCCCUGGAGUUAGUAAACCAGAUGGCGGGCGACGUCAUCGCCGCUGCUGUCACAGCCGCCAUCCAGGAGAGAAUAGAAGCAGCGGUCGGCUUCACGGCGCUGAGCGAAGACUCGGAGGGGCCGAGACUCCCGAAGUCCAACAGGCUGCUGGAUCUGGACGAGGAGUCGGACAGCGAGGUGGAGGACUUUGAGCUGUUGGACCAGUCGGAGCUGGAGCAACUGGAGGGGGAGCUGGGGCUGGGAGAGGAGAAGACCAGGGCCAAAGAGAAGGCUCAGGCCAAGAGUGACAAGCCGGCCUCUUCUGGAUUCUUGUCCACACUCCUGAGACGCCACUGAUUGAUGAAAAGUACGAUGGGCAGGGGAGGAGGAUGGGUUACACAGGACAUGUGGAGGGAGAUGGGGGUGUUCUAGGUCACAGAGGAUUGUUGGAGGUUGUAAGAAAACAUUGUUUCCAUUUAUCUUUUUCCUGUAAAGCUAACAUCAACUUUUCAGAACAGUUUGUCAGAUAUGGAAGUGGAAGUGAUUUCCCUUUAGUCAGAAUCAUCCUAACCUAAUGUUGAGAUCAGACUACACAAAACCCAGAUAAUAGCCUGACCCCACAGAAAGUGGGAACGGAAAAUGAGCGUUGUGUAUCACUGUUGCUUGCUGUAUGCUGUGUAGCAUGUGAUAGUGAUAGACAACUGAUGCAGCACCUGGGACGCCAGUACUCACAACGUCCUGACCAAAAGACAACUGCAUCAUUCCUUCUCUCGCUGAGUUAGACAACACUAACGACAUGUCCUGUGACGAUGAGGAAAAUACAGAAACUGAAAACAUGGAGUGUGCUUUUGCUUGUGCAGUCUGAAUAUUUACUUAUUUUUGGUUCCUUUUUGCGCGCCCUCAAAAGUUUUUGCCUGUAGGCCUGCUGCCCAGCAGCCAGCUCAGAGCAUGUUUGAGUAGCCUACUGCUCAGGUCGCAGGUGUUAUAUUAACGUGCCAGGCUGGGUCGGGUCCUCAAUUGAUUUUGAUAUAAUUGCAGGUAACGGGUCAAUUAGCUUGGGGUUGCAAAACUGGGGUCAUGCAGGACUCUGGACAGAAGAUGAAAAAUGUCUUCCUGUUUAGCAAAUUUGUUAAAAUGUUUUUUUUAAAGAUAUGUAGGAUGCUAAAUCUUGUGUCCAUGGCACCUUACUGAUCACCUACUGUGUGUAAGCAAGCUAUUAGACAUAUUGUGUAGUCUGAUCCUGGCAUAAAGGGUUGUUGAUGGUUUAAGGACUAAAGGCCUACUCUUGGUUUCAAUCAAUUACUGUGGUUACAGUUUUCUUUUCAAAGCAAUUUUUAUCACCUGAUCACAUUUGAUUGAUGAGAACAAUUUUGCAUUUAUAAGCAGCAUAUAAACACUUAUAGGGGUAUUAACACACUAUUACUUAGUUGGAAGCAACUAUGGACUUUUGUUUAUUAAUGUAUUUGUGAACAACUAUGGCUUUAACUGGCAUCUGUAACUGUUGUGGAUGAAGUAUAACACACAAGAGCAAAUCCUCACUGGCACGUUCAAAAGUGUUUAGAAAACACAAGGUCUGCUUACUUAAAAUCUUGGCGGAUGCAGUUUGAUCAGUUGGAAAGAGUGUAAAUAAAGUAUUAAUGAAUAUACAAUAAUGAAUAUACUGAAUAAAUAUAAUUAAUUUAACAAUUAGUAAAUAUAAUAAAGAUAUAUAAUUAAUUGACAUACAAUGAGUAAAUAUAAUUCAUAUUUUAUACUUUGUAUUCAGAUAAAUAUGAGUACAUAUUUUACAUGAUUACAUGAACUAUGUUUUUAUUAAUUAUAAUAUAUGUUCAAACUUAAAAUUACCUUAGUAUCUGUUUCCAUCUAAAUUAUAUUUUGUUGCUUAUAAAUAAAUGCUCAACAUGGGGUUCUUGAACCUCCCAAAUAAAGUAUUCAAAACUGAAAUUGAUCUUCUCAACAACCUCAGAGUAAGACAAUAAGUAACAAGAAAAAAAUGAAACUCAUAUAAACAAAAACAUGUCUUAAGACUUAAACAUCCCCCAAAACAAAAUUACCAUCAUCCCAAAAUUGUAUUGAAAGGCAUUGGUUACUGGUAAAACUGCAGCAAAAUGCAAUUUUACCAGUAACCUGAGGUGAUAUUUUGGGGAAAGCAAGCCAUAAGACUUCCUGUUAUAUAUUAUUAAUUAAAUUAAAUAUUUAUUACAAAUGAUUGGUUUUAGUUGUAAUGUGUAAUGUAGACACCUCAAAACACAUCUGACACUCAUGUUGACGCUAGAUUGAUUCAUUCAACUACAUUACCCAGAACACCACAGACAUCGAAUUGACAAUCACUAGGCAAUUAAAACAACUUUAAUGCUCAAAAUACUACUGGUUACUGCUAUAACACUAGUUGGACUGUUGACUAUAAGGAUUGAAAAGUAGUAAAACCUUUUUUAAUUUUAUAUGUAUGUUUUAUUUUUCAUGAAACAUUUAUAUAGUUGUGAGACUUUUAUUUUAUUACAACAUGAUGCCGGUUUCAAAAUACUAUGCAUGGAAAUGUCAUUUUAAGACAUAAAUAUAUUUAAUCAUUAAAACAUUUUAACUUCCAGUGCUUCAAGCUCACAAACUUCACGUUGCUCAUUGUGGUCGUCAGUGGGCAUAAAGAAAAAGGACUUUGCAUCCGUAUCACCCGCUAAUUUGUCGUAAUUGCAAGCCAAAUUUAGAUUUUCAUAUGUCAAAUGUGGUCACUAAUCUAAAACACAGCAGACUCACAGUUUGCUGGUGGCUGGUUCGAAAGGCUCAAUCGACAUUCAGUGGAUGUUUUUCAGAGAAAUAUCUCCCAACAUAAACAGAUUCAGGCGUUAGAGUUAGAGCUCCACCACUGCUCAAAACUCACAAAAAGGAGUUCCAGCCUGAGGGGCAUCUCAUUUUAAAAUCCCGGCUAUUUCUGGCUUCAUCACUAAGACGAAAGUGAAAUAUCCUACUUAAAGCUGCAUUAAGCAAAUGUUGACACAUAGGGGGCAGAAAGAUUCUUCAAACCAGUGACCACUUAGCUUACCAAAAACCUAAAAAUCCACCAUACACCGUAGGUAUUGUCACAAGUGGUGCUGCUAAAAUGUUUUGUUGUUAGGUCAAGGGGGUUUAACUAAACUAAACUUUAUGGCUGCAGCGACUAACACAACAUACCUGAAUGCCUCGAUUGCCAAAACAAAACUACUGUAUGUUGAAUAAACAUAAGGGUUCAGGUAGCCGUGGUGGCCCAGUGGUUGAAGCACUGAGCAUGAAUCAUGAAUGAACAUCCUGAACAACCUUUGACAGCCAGACUCCGAAACAGACUUGAUCCUAAAUGUGCACAGCCUGAACAGAGAACACCAACUUUGCACCUCACAGUUCACACUCAACCUCUAAAAACACAGUUUUCAUUCCAGUGAUGAUGACAUACUAAAUUAUCUGAGCUGAGAGAGUCGUCUUAAAUUCACUUGGACAAGACCUGCAGCAAGAGAACGGGAUUCUACCUGAUCCGUUUAGACUGAAUAUAAUUGGGACCCAGCCCGACUCAAGUCCCUAGUCAAGUCUUUGCUGCUGGGAACCAAGCUAAACCAUGGAGACCUCUGCUCCAAGUCGUAGGAUGAUCCAAAACUAGACUCAAAGUAAAAUUUAGCUUUAUUAUUUAAUGAUGCACCUACAUAGGACAGUCUGCUGUCAGACAUCAGUCAGGGAUUCAACGAAUCAAGAUGAAGACUGACUGAACUGUUUCUUCAACAUGCCUUGUACAUUAAAAUACAGUGAUUUUAUAAUAAAGACACAGAGCAAUGUAAAAUGUAUCCUCUUGAAUUCAUCAUGUAAUGCCUUGUAUCAGCAUAACUCUACAGAAGAUAGUAAUAUUUGUUUAUCAGUGCCUUUGUAGUGGCUGCAGUUCAUUUCUAGCUCACGUGUAAUAACUGUAUAAAACAAAGAAAUGCUCCAACUGUUGAAUAACAGUUCAGGCAGGUUUACUAAGCAAAGACCUUUUUAAAUAUUUAGUAAACUGAUAAAAUUCACGUUUUUCAUUCACAUUCUGGUUGUAUCAUGGUGGCUUCCAGGCCAUUGUCUAAAAGUGAGAAAUCCUUUGAUUCAAAAACAUGUUGUUGGGUCACAACCAAAAUGCUUUAACAAAAUGUGCAUUUAUGUAAUUAAACUUAAGAAUGUCAAUAAAAUGUUGUAACACA